CAUGGCAGCAGACAAGCAGAGGAGGGAGGUGAGCUAGAGAGCAGGAGAGAGGGAGAGAGAGAGCGAGGGAGAGAGAGAGAGAGAGAGAGAGAGAGGGAGCGAGUGAGUGAGACGCAGGCAGGCUGCCGCUAUCAGGGAAUACUGGUGCCAUUUUCAGCAUCGCAGGGUAAAAGGAUUGAGCCUCGCCGCUGUACGCUCGGCUUGCCUCGGCUCGGCUCAGCUCGCCUCGGCUCCGACUAGCUGAACAAGAGGGGGACUGGAGGGACAACAAAAGGAGGAGAGAACGGCUGACCCCCUAACACAGAACCCCUGACCCCCUUCCCCCUUUCCCAUCUCACCUCACCUCCCCCUCCCUUUUCUGGCUACAGACGGAGACAGCUAUGCAGUCCUUCCGUGAGCGCAGCGGUGGUUACCACAGCAACCAACCCUGCUACCAGCAGGAGCCCCAUGAAUUAUCCCGCCUGGAGACCUACCGACAACAUCCUCAUCAUCCCCAACCCCAGCACCCGCAUCCAAGCCCUGGUCCACAUCCAGGCCCAGUGCCAGGUCCAGGUCCAGGUCCAGGUCCAGGGCACACAAGGACAGGCUAUGAGGCUCUUUCACUGGCAAACCCCACAAGCAUGCCUCCAACUGGAGGACCAGGAACUGGAGGAGGACCCAAGGACUGUUACAGCCAGCAAGCCUACCCUGGAUACCCGGGAAAUGGUGGAGGGAAUGGAAGUGGAAAUGGAGGCUCUGCACCCUCACAGGCAAAAAAAUCAUACAGACCAAGCAAAGUACCCCAAACCAACACCACUCAGCACCUGCAGGGACCUGGGGCCUACAGUAACCACAUGGGGCCUGGUAGUUACUCAGCUCAGUAUAUAAGUGAGGGCCACCUGCAGCAGAAAUGGGAGGACCAAGCCCAGCUAGCACAGUAUGACCAGGAGCUGAUCGGACGUAUGGAAGGUAGUGGUACCCCUGCACCUGGUUCCUCCCAGUACAUGGACCAGAACAUGCUGGGCCACUCCCAGACUCAGUGCCACCAGCCCUCCACCCCAGCCUAUACCAGCCCCCACCAUCAACCUCACCCUCCUAACCCUGCCCAAUCCCCUCUCAUGUACCCUCAGAGUCACCUGCACUACCCCCAGCACUCACCUUCUCCGUCACCAUACAUGGAAAAGUGCAGCCCUAUGCCUCAUUGUUACAAAGGUUACAACAUGCCAACUAACUCCCAGUAUGGAAGACAAAUGAGUAGCAACAUUAAUCUAAAGCAGGGAGGUUACAGGCCAACUCAGAACAGUUACAGCUAUCAGCAGCCUCCCUCAAGAGCUUAUGAGCAGCAACCCCCUUUACAGGCCAUGACCAACCCCCAGGAGUCCCACACAAAAUAUCAACACUACAGCCAACCCCAACAAAACUACUGUCUCUCGGAUCUCUCUGUCAGAUCGCCAGAACAAUAUUAUCAGACCUGUAGCCCUUCCUCAAGCCACUCCCCUGCACGUUCUGUUGGGCGCUCCCCUUCGUACAGCUCCACCCCUUCACCGCUAAUGACCAAUCCAGAGUCGUUCCAGUAUGGCCAACCACCCAUGACCCCUGGGGCAGCCUCCUCUUCUUCAUCCUCUUCAGCCGGUAUGCAGGACCAAGCCAGUACCAAUACCAUGUUGAUGCCCCCACGAUCGCACCCUUCACCCAAUGUGCCCCACGCAGCACCCCAUAGCUACACUACUACACCACAGGUCCCCACCAUGAAAGAACGCUUCUCAGAGAAGUUGCUGUCCAACCCCAGCUUGUGGAGUCUGAAUGCCCUCACCUCUCAAGUAGAGAAUAUCUCAAAUAAUGUCCAGCAGCUGCUGCUUUCAGAGGCUCUGGUGGCCAACAAAAAGGGAAGUAAGCGCAGCAGUGGAGGAAGCAACAGCAGUGUUGGAAGUGGGGCAUCCUCCAAAAAGGGUGACGAGUACAAAAGUCCUCCCUAUCCAGAUAGUGGUGCUGGGAGUGUUGGCCCCAUGCAGGACCCUUACUCAACUCCACAGCAUCAGCCAAUGCCUAUGGAGCUCCAUGAGGGAGGCUACUCCAGCAGUAGUGAUGAACAACUGGAGAGGGGCUACUACUACUGUGGCCAGGGCAGAAGUCCAGCACAAGCCCCCAAUAACACACAACAAAGCUUGGAUACAGCCUCUUCAUGCUCCAUGACAUCUCCAGACGAUAUGUCCACUAGGUCUGGGGACUCAGGUCUUCACAACCUUACCCCUGACCCUACUAGAUGUCAGUCAGGCCAAGGAGGAGAUGGCAUGAGUACUCCAGUAAAGAGCAUUGGUGAUGAGAGGUCGCCGACAAGUAUAACAAUUCCUAGUCCGAUGAAACAAGAAAGGGACUCUCCUUUGGAUAUACAGCAUAUCAGUGAGCCUGUCAAAGAAAACUUUGAAGAAUCAGCAUGGACAGAGAAACCAGUGGACAAAGAGGAGGUGACAACAGAUAAAAACCCCGACCUUGACAGAGAUUCAGACAUGACUAAAUCAACAGAGAAUCUUGAGAAAUGGUCGGAUGAAGAGAAAUGCACAGCUCGAUACAGCGACCUAAACAAAGAUGAGACAGACAAAGGCUAUUGCUAUAAGGAGACACUUUACCAACAUGUACAGAGCAAAUAUGACUCUGAUGCAAGAGACUCAGUUGAACAGUCCCCAGCAGCUCUCUCUGACUCCAGCCACAAGGAACACUUUGUCAAUGAGAUGAAAUCUGAGGCAUUCAAGUCAGAGUCUCCGACUGCUUCUGAGAGCUCAGUGAAAACAUUGCCUUUCGUUUCUGGGGGUGACCUUGAACAGGAUCAAUACUCAACAGAGAAGGAUGACAGCUCAGAGAAUGCCUCCCCUACCCCCCUAGCGGAGGUCUUAAAUGAGAGCAACAUGGACAAGAGAGAGAGCAGAGAUGAGGAGGAUGAAGAGAGAGAAGACGAGGAGGAAGCGGAAGAGAAAAACGAAGAAAUACAGAAACAAAAGCUACACACUCUUUCACCUCCUCUGUCUGCCGACGAAAGGGAGGAACUGGGGGAGGGAGAGACAGUGAGCCAGUCAUCGACUGAGGAUCACAUGAAUAAUAAAAAUGUGCCAGAGAAGCCUCUUGGAGAUCUCUGCAGAAGGACAGAGAAUCAGAGUACUGAACUCCUUAUUGACAAUGAGUCCGCAGGGGCACCUUCACAUCCAAAUCCAGCAGCAGUAACGGCAGCAGCAGGUGCUUCUGAAAGGGAGUCAGCCAUUGGUGACACUGCUCCUCAGCCUCAGUCAUCUUUGCCAGUUUUCUCAGCUCUCAAUGACAAGGGAACACUCCAGGCUAGGGAUCAUAUAGAUCACAGUGACGCUAAAGUGCUGGAGCCAGACUCUCCUCAGCUCCCAGGGAAGUCGAUACUUCCCUCAGCUCCCUCCUGGGCAGAUACUCCACCCUCCCCCAAAAAAGGUGAUGAGGACAUGGAACCAGGCAUCAGUUGUGCUAGUGCUGUGACCCCCUUGGCCAAGCCAGAGCCUGUUGCCCCAUCUGCUCAGCCCAGAGCUUUCGGACGCAAGCAUGCCAGGGGCAGAAGAAGAAUAAUGCAGUCAGGUGAUGGAAUCAGGCGACAGCUAAGUUUGGAGAGGGAGGGGGAAAAGGAACAGGAAGGAGCCCCCUCUCCUACACAGAAACCAUGCAUGUCUCCGAGUAAAACUGUUUUAUUUACAGAUCAGACGGACCUAGCUCAUCAGGAGUCUAUUGUGAGCCAGACUCCCAAAAUGCUAACGGAUGCUUUUCGAUCUAGAAUGUGCACUCGCUCAUUCAAUUCACUUGACUCACCACCCAAAGUUGAGCCCAAUGUUAAGAGAAAACCUGGUCCAAAACCAGGUCCAAAGCCUGGGUCAAAACCUGGACCAAAACCAGGGCCAAAACCAGGAGCAAAGCCAGGACCAAAACCAGGGCCUAAACCUGGCCUAAAGCCUGGACCAAAGCCUGGAUUAAGACCUGGACCAAAACCAGGGCCAAAACCAGGACAGAAACCUGUGCCAAAUGAACCAGAGCUGCCACUGAAAAUUGAGACUACUCUGAGAAGAAAGCCUGGACCGAAGCCAGGUUCAAAACCUGGAGCUAAACCUGGCCCAAAACCAGGACCAAAAACUGGUUCGAAACAAGCUCCUAAACCAGGUCCAAAAGCAGGACAUAAGCCCGGAACCAAGCCAGCAGAAAUUUUACCGCCUGCUGACACUACACCUUUAAAGGGCUCUGUGGGUCGUCCCAAAGGGUCAGUUUCUAAAGCAAGAGUGGUACAACAGGAAGAAACAACCCAGCCUUUGACUGCACAGCAAAGCAGAAACAAGAAGAGCACAAAGGCUUCCAUAUCACAAGUAAACGAGGAUGUAAAACCAGUAAAUCAAGAAGAAAAAAAAGUAAACCAGGAGGAGAAGGCACCAGAAAAGGAAAGUAAGAACAUGGUGUUAAGAUCCAGAAAGCCCUCACAAGAAAAACCCUCAAAAGAAAAAGAAAAAAAUGGAGGGGAGAAUGUUCUCCCUCAGGUUGUAACUGAAAUAAAAGCCAGUGAUAUUACUCCAAAAACAGAGGAGUCUACCUUGAAAGAAACUGUAACUACAACUCCUAAAGAAGUAAAAAACACAGAUGUUCCAGCAGACCCACCUGCACUAGUUGCAGAACCAACUGAACAAUCUGAAGAAAAGACAUCGCUUCCACUAAAACGGAAACCUAGUCCAGAACUUUCUCUAACACACACAGGGAAGAAAAAGAGGGGUCCAAAACCCAAACCCAAACCCAUACUGCCUGACCCAGCUGUUUUGGAAGAAAUUGUCUCCCCACUUGUGGGCUCCAGGAGAAAGCGAGGGUCAGCCAAGAAAGCUUCUGUGGUUACUACCCCAACCAAAGACAGUCUUCCAAACAUCAAUGAAACUGAUAUCACAACUGACACGCCUGUGGUGCCUCCUCAAUGCCCCACUAGAACAAAGGUUCUCCCACCACGCAAAGGUAGAGGACAGAAAUAUGAGGCCAUGGUGCAGAAAAUUACAUCUCCUAGCUUGAAGAAACACCUCCCAAUUCCCCAGACAGACAGCAAUCUAACUGAUGAUGUGACAACCAAGGUUUUGUCUCAACACGCCUUGAAGGAAGGUGAGACGUCGGUGCUCAUACAUGGCCCUGAGAUGAUGGAGGGAGAAGUAAAAAGCAUAGAUUCUAGACAAGAACAAUAUAGUAAAGAGGAGACGGCACAAGAAAGAAAAAAACACAAGAUUAGUCAAGAGGCAUCAACACAAGAGGAGGUGAGAACAGGGUCUGAAGAAGAGGUUGUAAAUAAGGAGGAGAUGAGACAGGAAAACCAUAAAGCAGGGACGCCCCAGGAUGGUGAGGCUGACAAGGUUUGGAGCGCAAGGGAUGGCCCUGUAGAAGUCAAGCCUCAAGGAAAGUCGAAACAACAGGCCUCAGAAGCUUUAUCUUCAACUGCAAAUAACUCCUCGAGAACUAAAAGAAAGAGAUGGGCAAUGGUCGAGAGUACUGAUGCCUCAGUAGUAGCAUUGGAAGCAGAUAGCCUGAUAGUUACAACGCCAAGGCUAGCUAAGCAGAGAGCAAUUAAAAACAACCAUGAGAUGCACCUUAAACAGAGGAGGAAGAAGAGAAAAGGCCAAAGCCUUCAAGAAGAAACAGAAAUAGUCCAAGAGAUAAAAGUUGAAGCAGCGGAACAGCAACAGGAGAGGGUAGAAGAGAAGGUAAACACAACAGAAUCCGCAGCACCUCUGCCAAUCAGCCAAGACGAGAUCAAAGAAGCUCCCCAGGUCGCCAGCACAGACCAUAUCCAGAAACCGAGGAGAGGCAGAAAGCCAUCAACAGAUCCAGCCAAAAGGAAACGCAGCAAAUCCUCAACAGAGCCGGUUCCUGGUCAGCCACUCAAGGUCCACAAAAAGCCUGGGCCGAAACCUGGGAUGAAAGACGCCAUCGAGGUUAUUGAGGCAGUAAUAAGGGCUGCAGGAUGUGAGUCAGAUGCAAAAGAGGAGAGAGAAAAAGAAGAGAGGGAAAGAGGUGAAAUUGAAAAACCAGAUAAACAGGAGGAAUCCGUUGUGGGUCCUGUGGUGACGGUAUCAGACAAAAAGACUGAGAUCAUAACAGUAAAAAGAAUCAGACGAAGACCAGUCUAUCAAAACCCUAAACUGUCUUUCUGUCCUUACGUGCGGAUUAACAACUCAAGGGACUUUUCCUCUUGGUGUGCCAUCGUCAACAAGCCUGAGGAUGCAGUAAUAUUUCAGAGACGGAGAAAAAAGGGCAUACUUCGAAUGAGGAAUCCGUUCACAGUUGCAAAAGUAGUGCCACAAGCUGCUGCCAUGCUACAAGGACCCUUGGUAAACACACAUCUAAGAGACAGGUGUCUUACAUGUAGCCUGUGUGGAAAGCCAGCAAAUUACAGAGACUUGGGUGAUUUGUGUGGACCCUACUACACAGAGGAUAGUGUUCCCCGGAAAGUUUUGACGACCAGCCACGAGUCCCUCAGGAUAGGUUCAGAGAAGACAAAUGAUGACAACAACAACAACAACAACAGUAGCAACAGUGAAGAAUCAGGCAACUCCCUAAAGGAUGAGGGAGAGUGCAGCACAAAAAAGGAAGGCAAUACUGAGGCAUUACCACAAGAGGUCAGUAGUAGUAGUAGCAGUAGUAGUCGUCACCAUCACUGGCGCCACAGACGUGCAGAAAGACCUGAAAGAGUGGGUCAGGAGGGCGGUCCGCGAAGAUUAACGCUCAGAGAGAGGUUCAGGCGGAUGAAGCAGCUCCAGUCCGUCAGCACAGGGGCUUCAGGUGACCAAGGCGGCAGUGGCAGCAUGUUCCAGAGGCUACAAGUGGAGGCGGAAGCUAAAGAGCACUGGGCGCAUGAAAACUGUGCCAUCUGGACCAAGGGCGUCAUUAUGGUAGCUGGGAGGCUGUUCGGCCUGAAAGAGGCUGCAAACAACUCAACCCAAACGAACUGCUACAAGUGCCAGAUUGCGGGGGCGUCCCUCAGCUGCUGUUGGAGAGGCUGCUCUCAUAAAUACCACUAUGUCUGCGCCAAAGAGAUAGGCUGCACAUUCCACGAGGAUGACUUCUCCAUCAAAUGUCCUAAACAUGAGGACCUGUAAGAUAUUCCAGUACUCCACCACCAACACCACCUCACAACCGGUCGAGAAUCACCUUUCCAGCAAGGCAAACAAGACAAACGCUCACAGUCAGACCAGCCACCAAUUCCUGAAAACAUGGUGUGGACUGAAGACGGACAGGGACGUUGGCUGGCCAGUGGGGCUGGGGAGAGGGGGGGGGGGGAGCGUGAAAGGCUGGAGCUGAGGGCUAACAGACCCUGGAGGAAAGCUCCGCAGAGAAAAGCUGCUCCCAGGACCCGGCCUGGAAAUGUGUUUUCUCAUCUGAGCCCCUCACUGGAAGGCAGAAGGCAGCAGUUAACGGGAGGAUGGACUGUGUGCUGAGAGCCCAGUGCACACAUGGGGGCUGUUUGAAAUGCAGAGCGAUGAAUGUGUGUGUGUGUGCGUGUGUGUGUGUCCUGCCUUCGGAUGGGUUUGCUAUCAUAUUCAGACACCUGGCGGACACUGAUUGGACCGCAGCAUCCCUCUGGCCACCUUGUCUAUGGUCCAAGAAGUGUGUCUGUGUGUGCCUGCGUUAGAGUGUGUGUGAUAAUCAUAGAACUCAUCAUUCCCCGGCCACAUCAUCAGUGUGUAUGUGCAAAUGUGUGUGUGUGUGUGUGAGGGAAAAAGGUCAUCUCCAAUUCAAGAUGUCACGCAUCAAAAAAACAGCAGCCAACCACUGGAUGUACUAUCUCAAAUGUGUGCGUUUGUGUUUAAAACAAAAAAAGAAAAGAAAAGGAAACUGUACAUGAUGAUGUGAUUUACAGGUUCUACAUAUUCUGAAAAAACGGACGCAGUAUUUUAAUAUAACGCUCUUAUCUUCGGAGAUGUAUUUUGAUGUGCAUUAUGACUAUACGACAUCAUUGCGUCACCCUCGGUAAAUGUCGGGCUUUGUGUUCCUCCGAAAAACGAAAAAGAUGAAAAAAAAAAAAAAAAAGGAUAACUCUGUUGAAGAGUGUUUCUACAUUUCAACAGUGUGCACAUUCAAUCUGUACAGUCAUCACUGGACAGGUUGCAGAUCAGGAGGGAGGAGCCAGGUCAUCUCACGUCAUCUCUUUGUACAGUUCAGAAGUAUUACUGUUCAACAUUAACAUUACGUAUGAAUAUUUCACCUUCCACAACAGUGCAGAAAGUUCUUCAUCGCGUUCAGAUAUCAUCACACACUCGUCUGUUUGUGUAUCUCAAAUGUAGCCUCUCUCACUCUUCCACGCUAAGUAACGGCGCCCUGCACAGCGGGCGGCAGUAAAGAGUACCAGUCAUAUCAAAAAGGAGACAUAUUUAAGUAUUAGAGCAGAAAAAGGAAGUGCUAAAAAACGCCACACCAAACGUUCUCUUUUAUGAAGCUCAUUAUUUAAUGGUGUAUAUAAGUAUUUGAUGCUGUUUAAAUGUAAGAUGUGAUGUACUAAUAUAAUUGUGUAUAGUAUUUCCUAGAGAUGUUUAUUUUCUAUAAAAUGGAAUAUGUUAUUGCUUAUAAAAUGUUAUUAAAAGAAUCCAUUGAUGAAAAAAAAAAAAACAACGACCUUUUUUGGGAAUGUCACUUGUCUUAAGUUGGAGCAUGCCGUUUGAUUGAUUUUCAUGUCUCUUUGUUUGGAAUCGAUGACACAGCAUCACUUUGUUUGAAAUGUUUUUGUAACGCCAAUGUUAAAUAUACCAGCACCUUUCAAUGCUGCUACGACCAGU